AGAAACUUUGUUAAAUCAAUAGGCCAUAGUGAAGCAUUACAUCACAAAAUCACCAUUAAGUUAGCAAUUGCAGUCAAAGUUCAAAUCUUUUUGAGUAUUUUCCAAUUCCAAUUGUUUAAUCAGCAGUUGGAUAUAUUAGUUGAAAGAGGGUUGGGUUUUUGAUAAUAUUAGCUGAGGUUUUAGAAAUGGAUACCAAUAAUUUGGAGCAAACAUUGCAAGAAGGUAAGCUUUAUCGAUACGUAAACAAUCUAAUUGUUGCUCAUCUCAGAGACCACAAUCUCACUCAGGCUGCAAGUGCGGUUGCUUCUGCUACAAUGACACCACUCACCGUUGAAGCUUCUCCCAACAAGCUUCUUGAGCUGGUUGCCAAGGGUCUUGCAGUCGAAAAAGAUGAAACAGGAAGGGGACUCUCUACAUCUGCAUUGUUUGAUUCAACCACAGCAUUACCGACAACAUACGGGUCUAUACCAGCUCCCCGUGCUGUUUCUGUCGAUUUUAGUGCUGCACAUGAUACGAAAGGCUCCUCAAAAAGUUUCCCAAAGCAUGAAACCAAACAUGUUUCAGAACACAAGAACGCUGCAAGAUGUGCAAGAUUUAGUCCUGAUGGAAGGUUUCUUGCAUCGGGUAGUGCAGAUACUUCAAUUAAACUGUUCGAGGUAGGAAAAAUCAAGCAGAUGCUGCUGCCAGAGGGAAAGGAUGGUCCUGUUAGACCCGUCAUACGAACGUUUUAUGACCAUCUACAACCAGUAAAUGACGUGGAUUUCCAUCCUCAAAAUACUAUUUUGAUAUCUGGGGCCAAAGAUCACACGAUAAAGUUUUUUGACUUUUCUAAGACCACUGCAAAGAGAGCAUCCAGGGUUAUCCAGGAUACACACAAUGUCCGGUCUUUAUCUUUUCAUCCUUCUGGAGAUUUUCUUCUGGUAGGAACCGAUCAUCAUAUUCCACAUUUGUAUGACGUCAAUACUUUCCAGUGUUACCUCUCAGCAAAUGUACAAGAAAUUGGCGUUAAUAGUGCAAUAAAUCAGGUGAGAUAUUCAUGUACAGGUGGCAUGUAUGUUACAGCCUCUAAAGAUGGUGCGAUUAGAAUAUGGGAUGGGGUGACUAGUAAUAUUGUUCGAUCAAUACUUGGUGCACAUGGAUCAGCUGAAGCCACUAGUGCAAGUUUUACCAAAGAUCAAAAAUAUGUUCUCUCGUGUGGAAAGGAUUCUUCUGUGAAGCUGUGGGAAGUUGGAACCGGGAGAUUAGUCAAACAUUAUCUUGGAGCUACACACACGCAAUUGCGUUGCCAGGCUAUCUUUAACGACACAGAAGAAUUUGUAUUAUGCAUCGACGAACCUAGCAAUGAGAUUGUCAUCUGGGAUGCUCUUAGUGCAGAAAAAGUGGCAAGAUGGCCAUCUAACCACACGGGUGCACCCAGGUGGCUGGAACACUCACCUACUGAGUCGGCUUUCGUGUCAUGUGGUACAGAUCGAUCAAUAAGAUUUUGGAAGGAAACUCCUUAGUGCUAUAGAUCCAUUUUGAUGUGGAAACUUGGUUUGUAAUAUUAGGAUGAUAAGAAAUGAAGAGAUCUGAACUGUUUUGAUAGGUUCGACUAUGAGAAUUCCACAAGGCCACUAUUCUUAAAAUGUCGUAAAGUUUUAUUUUUCAAGAUCGAGCAAGGGGUUAAUGGCUCGAAGAGGGAUCAAAUAUGAAGGAUUUUUCUUA